AUGUCUGAACAGCCAGGCGCUUCCGUGCCCACAGCAGCACAUGGCCCGGCUAUGAAUCUCCGACAGCCGGCGACGACCGAAAGAAAACAGGAAAAUACCCACUUUAAUCGUGAGUCUAAUUCCCUCGCCAGAUCUUUGGCGUGCGAGGAAAGUACUGUAUCACAAGUGCUUUUACCUCAAUAUACAAAAUUGGCCAAUCCCGGCCCCUUAGGGGUCUUAUCAUUUGCGAUUACGACACUCACUUUGGGGCUUUACGAGUGUGGAGCUGGGAAAAGUCGGGCCAAAUCAAGCUAUCUUCGGUUUUGCAGCUUUUAUGGGCAGUACGGCUCAAUUUAUCGCUGGAGUAAUGGAUUUUCGAAUUGGAAACACCUUUGGUACCACCGUACAUUGCUCUUAUGGCGCAUUUUAGCUCAGCUAUGCGAUGUUCCUGCCUCCUUACCUUGGCAUCGAGGCAGCAUACCGGAGUAG